CGGUUCUGUUCCCUUUCUCCUCCAGGCUCCUCUCCAUCACCGUGGGCACUACCCGGGCAUUUUGACUUCUGGCUUCUUCCCUCUCUCGUGCUCGCCACCCCGCCUCGUGUCACUGCCAGGCCUGGUGCAUCCCGCCUUCGCUCUGUCGCUUUAAGCGGGUCCCCGCCGCCGCGCACCCCCCUCACCCCUCCCGGCGCUCGGCUGCUCCGCGCCACUAAAACUGCUCCCGCUCCUCGUCUCCCGCUCCUCCUCCUCCUGGACUCCCGCUCCUCCUCCUCCUCCUCCUCCUCUCCGGCUCCUCCUCACCGCCACCGGCCCGCCGCCCGCUCCGCUCCUCGCAGCCUCCGCGGACCUGCAGCCAUGGCUGACAUCAAGACGGGCAUCUUCGCCAAGAACGUCCAGAAGCGACUCAACCGCGCGCAGGAAAAGGUCCUUCAGAAGCUUGGGAAAGCUGAUGAGACAAAAGAUGAACAGUUUGAAGAGUAUGUCCAGAACUUCAAACGGCAAGAGGCAGAGGGUACCAGACUUCAGCGCGAACUCCGAGGAUAUUUAGCAGCGAUCAAAGGCAUGCAGGAGGCCUCCAUGAAGCUCACCGAGUCGCUGCACGAAGUCUAUGAGCCUGACUGGUAUGGGCGCGAGGAUGUGAAAAUGGUUGGCGAGAAAUGUGAUGUGCUGUGGGAAGACUUCCAUCAAAAGCUAGUGGAUGGGUCCUUGCUGACGCUGGACACUUAUCUGGGCCAAUUUCCUGACAUAAAGAAUCGCAUCGCCAAGCGCAGCAGGAAGCUGGUGGACUACGACAGCGCCCGCCACCACCUGGAGGCUUUGCAGAGCUCCAAGAGGAAGGAUGAGAGCCGCAUCUCUAAGGCAGAAGAGGAAUUUCAGAAAGCACAGAAAGUGUUUGAAGAGUUUAACGUUGACCUACAAGAAGAGUUACCAUCGUUAUGGUCAAGACGAGUUGGAUUUUAUGUCAAUACGUUCAAAAAUGUCUCUAGCCUAGAGGCCAAGUUUCAUAAGGAAAUUGCAGUGCUUUGCCACAAACUGUAUGAAGUCAUGACGAAACUGGGCGACCAGCAUGCUGACAAGGCCUUCACCAUUCAAGGAGCUCCCAGUGACUCAGGUCCCCUCCGUAUUGCAAAGACCCCAUCGCCGCCCGAGGAGCCGUCACCCAUCCCGAGCCCGACAGCUAGUCCCAAUCACACGCUGGCUCCUGCGUCUCCUGCACCAGCCCGGCCUCGGUCACCCUCACAGACCAGGAAAGGGCCUCCUGUCCCACCUCUCCCUAAAGUCACCCCAACAAAGGAACUGCAGCAGGAGAACAUCAUCAGUUUCUUCGAGGACAACUUUGUUCCGGAGAUCAGUGUGACGACACCUUCCCAGCAGAACGAAGUCCCCGAGGUGAAGAAAGAGGAGACUUUGUUGGAUCUGGACUUCGACCCUUUCAAGCCUGAAGUAGCACCUGUGGGUUCUGCUGGAGUCACCCACUCACCCAUGUCUCAGACAUUGCCCUGGGACCUAUGGACGACGAGCACCGAUCUGGUACAGCCGGCUUCUGGUGGUUCAUUUAAUGGAUUUGCCCAGCCCCAGGACACUUCAUUAUUCACAAUACAGACAGACCAGAGUAUGAUCUGUGACUUGGCUGAAUCUGAACAGGCUCCGCCCACCGAGCCGAGAGUCGAGGAGCCGCCUGCGCCCCCUGCUGCCGGGCCGGACCUCGGACUGGACACGCGGGCUGAGGAGCCAGUGGAGGCGGCAGUGAUCGCACCUGGAGCGGAUGCGGAUGUGACUGUGGGCACCCUGGUGCCAGCAGGUGAGGGGGCCCCAGUGGAGGCAGCAGAGAUGGAGAAGGCGGCUCUUCGCACUGGAGAAGAAGCAAGUUUAGAGGAAGCCAAGGUGGAUACCGAAGCCACAGAGGCGGUAGACAGAGACAGAUCUCCACCAGAAGAAGCAGAAGUGGCAGUGCUUCAGGAGAAGGUCAUCCCUUCUGUCGUCAUACAGCCCGCCUCCAACAACGAAGGGGAGGGAGACCACGAAGUAAUCGCGGGUGCAGAGUCCAAGGAGGCGACUGAUGACGCCGCGCUCCCGGGCCCCACCAGCGAGCCGCCCCCGGAGCUGCCCUCGGCGCCGAAGGCGGGGGAGGACGCGGCCCCCGCCAGCGGGGCCUCCCAGGAAGUGCCUCCCGGCUUCCUCUACAAGGUGGAAACAUUGCACGACUUCGAGGCAGCAAAUUCUGAUGAGCUUACCUUACAAAGGGGUGAUGUGGUGUUGGUGGUGCCCUCGGACUCAGAAGCUGACCAGGAUGCAGGCUGGCUGGUAGGAGUCAAGGAAUCAGACUGGCUUCAGUACAGAGACCUGGCCACCUACAAAGGCCUCUUUCCGGAGAACUUCACCCGGCGCCUGGAUUAGGGCCAAAAGUAUCGUAGAAAGAGCCUAAUGACCGGGUUUUUAAACCUUUGUGCAAACCUAAAGAGUUCACUUUUGCUCUGUACUCUUAACGAUCUACAGACUGAUGCCAGACGAAGCUUGGAAGGCUAUAUCCAUGGAGCAUGUGUGCAAACAAAUGUAAGAGAGAAAAAAAAAAAAGGUAAAUUAAGGAAAAAGUCUU